AUGGUCGAAGGUCGAUCUUGCCUGAAAACGUCACCAAUCGUCGAAUCGAAGAUCACUGAUCUAGCGAAGGUUGAUCUUAUAGGAGAAGAUUCUUGCAAGUGCGGGUUAAAGCUGCAACCUACAAUUAUGUCAUAUUCCAAACCGCAUCCGUCCGCAUUCUGUCUACAAAACCACCUAUUUGUAUGCGAAUCGGUUCAGGUUGGGCAGGCCUUGAAUGGUGUAAUUGACACCUACAGAGAAAAUGCGAGAAUAAUUUAUGACACGUUCACUUCACUCGGGUUCAAGGUAUAUGGUGGCAAAAAUGCAACCAUACAUUUGGGUACAAUUUCCAGGAUUGAGAUCUUGGGAUGUAUUUUUGCUGAGAUUCUUGAGAAAGCACAUGUAAUCACUGUUCCAGGCAGAGGUUUUGGUCCUGGUGGUGAAGAGUUUAUCAGAAUUAGUGCAUUUGGAGAUUAA